UCGUCGUCGUCGUCGACCAAACCCAACCUCACCUCCUCUCCACCUUCCCGCCCAACCCUACCCUCAUCCAUCCACUGUUCCAUUAAUUCCUCCACUCCCCAUCGCUCGCUUCGGCUUUGCGGCUGUACGUGCUGCUCGACGUACAUGGGCAACUGCCAGGCGGCGGACGCGGCGGCCGUCGUGAUACAGCACCCGCCGUCGCCGGGUGGAGGAGGCGGAGGCGGAGGCGGCCGCGUCGAGCGCGCCUAUGGUGCGGUCUCCGCGGCCGCCGUGAUGGCGGCCAACCCGGGGCACUACGUCGCCGCGGUUGUUCCGUUGGCUGCGCCGGCGGCGGCCGCGCCAGGGACGGCGCCGCUGCCGAAGACGGUGAGGCGGCGGCGGCUGAAGCUGCUCCGCCCCGACGACACGCUCGUGCUCGGCGGCGUCUACCGCCUCGUCAGCUUCGAAGACGUGCUGAAGCAGUUCGUGUCGAAGCGGAACGCCUGCACGAUCGCCGCCGCGGUUGAGGACGACGACAACGACAACGACGGCCACCGGCGACGACGGGACAGCGCCAGCGCCAGCGGCGCCGCCGGCAAGGCGCCAGCCAAGGUGGCGGCCCAGUCUCAUCAAGAAGACCCAUCCAGCCCAAGCCCGCCCAGCGAUCCUCAUCCUGAGCCCGGGCCUGAUUCCGAGCUCGUGGCGGCGGCCAUGGCGGCCGGCGCGCGGAUGAACGCCGUCUCCCGGCACGGGCAGUGGAGGCCGGCGCUGCCGAGCAUCGCCGAAGGGAGCGUCGUGUGCUGAGGGAGGAGAUGGCUGAUCGAUCGAUCACCGUGUUUGUGUGUGUGUGUACACUCUCUGAUCUGCAGAGCUUGCUCAGUGCUAGCCGUGGGUUAAUUAAUUAAAUUAGCUGUGGUGUUUGUGCAGGGAUUGAAUGGUGUAAGUAGGAGUGAUCUGCAUAUAUUUUUUAUGCUUAAUUAAUUUCUCGCCUGUUUGGGUUUGAUUUGGAGUUUGGUUUAGCCAUGGCAUAUGUAGGAGAUAAUUGCUAGCUCGUGACAGUUUAUGCAUGUUGGUGUUGUUUUUUUCUUGUGCUGUUAUUGGUUUAACCAUAGGGUCAAUUGAUUUAAUUUUUGUCACCCAUAUUUCAUGGAAUGGGAACUUAUUUAAA